UGCGGCUGCUUCGUCGUCUUCACAUUCAAUCAUUUCAUUUUUGCCUUUUAAACCACAUUUUUUAUUUUUUAUAUUUUUUUAUAUUUUUACAAAAUGUUCCUUAAGCUCCAUGGCGUUUCACAUUUCCCUCUCUUAAAUCCACCUAUUAUAAAUUUCCAUUGCCCACUUCUUCACUUCACUACACACCUCAAUCCCCCCAUUCAUUCAUGGACGUCCGAAAGUCAGAUAAUGACCAUCUAGUCCUCACCAUCGACCCACCGGACAAGGAACAAAUUUCACCCUCUCCCACCACCACCCCCACCCCCACCAGAACCAAAACCCUCCGUCGUCUCAGAACUAAACCAAAAUCCCGCUUCGAUGAACCUAACUACCCUCUUUCCACUCCCAAAACCAUCCCUGAAUCUACAGAUCUCCUUCAACCUCCGCUACAACAAGAAGACUCAACUUCUUCAUCUUCAUCUUCUUCCUCUUCCUCCGACUACGAAGACGGAGAAAUCGGACCGGAAAAUGAGAACGAACGUAAAGCCGGACGAAGACGGAGAAGGAAGGGUAAGCGGAAGAAGAUCAAUAAACGAGUGUUAAUUGAAUGGAUAUUGUUCCUCACCAUAACCACUUGCUUAAUCUGUGCUCUAACACUUGAAUCGCUUCAAGAGAAGCAGAUUUGGAGCUUAGAGGUCUGGAAGUGGUGCUUAAUCGUAAUGGUGGUUUUCUGUGGACGUUUGGUUUCGGAAUGGCUUGUCGGAGUCCUUGUCUUCGUAAUCGAACGAAACUUCAUGCUCCGUGAACGAGUCUUGUAUUUCGUCUACGGUCUCCGCAAGAGCUUCCAGAACUGCGCUUGGUUGGGGCUAGUUCUAAUCGCUUGGAUGAUAAUGUUCCCGGACGUUCACCACAACAAUAAAGUCCUCCUAAAGGUUUUCCGAUUCUUAAUCGCCGUCCUAAUCGGCGCCACCAUCUGGCUUCUCAAGAUCCUUCUCGUGAAAGUUCUUGCAUCCUCGUUCCACGUCGCGACGUUCUUCGAUCGAAUGAAGGAGAGCGUGUUCAACCACUACAUCCUCGAGACACUAUCCGGACCGCCACUGGACGAGGAGGAGAGGGAUAAGGAAGUAAAUCGUCGGCGGCGGUUGGUACAUAUGUCGAAAUCACUGCCAGCGCGGUGGCGGGAGGGCGGAGGAGGACAGACUUUGUCGAGAUCGAAACGGCAGGAUUCUUGUCAGAAGAUCGAUAUGGAGAGAUUGAGGAAGCUGAGCUUGGAGAGGAGACCGUCGGCUUGGAGUGUGAAAAGAUUGGUGAGCUAUGUGAGAUCGUCGGGACUGUCGACGAUAUCGAGGACGGUGGAUGAUUUUGCCAACGCCGAAUCGGAGAUUACAAGUGAAUCGGAGGCGAGAAACUGCGCUCAGAGAGUGUUCAAGAAUGUCGCUAAGCCGGGUGCCAGAUACAUUGAAGAGGAAGAUCUACUGAGAUUCCUGAAGGAUGAAGAAGUGAACACCAUUUUCCCUCUCUUUGAAGGCGCCAUUGAAACCGGAAAAAUCUCCAAAUCCGCUUUCAGAAACUGGGUGGUUCAUGCCUACAUUGAGCGGAAGGCAUUGGCACAUUCUUUAAACGACACCAAAACCGCCGUCCAGCAGCUCCACAAGCUGGCCAGCGCAGUCGUCAUUGUGAUCAUCAUUGUCAUUUCUCUUCUCGUCCUUGGCGUCGCCACAACUAAGGUCCUCUUCGUCAUCACCUCUCAGCUUCUCCUUGUUGGAUUCAUGUUCCAAAACACCUGCAAAACCAUCUUUGAAUCAAUCAUCUUCGUCUUUGUCAUGCAUCCUUUUGAUGUUGGCGAUCGCUGCGUCAUCGAUGGCGUCCAUAUGUUUGUAGAAGAGAUGAAUAUUUUGUCGACGGUGUUCUUGAGAUUCGACAAUGAGAAGAUUUACUAUCCCAACUCGGUUCUGCUGACGAAGCCGAUCAGCAAUUUCAGAAGAAGUCCCGACAUGUCGGAUACAGUCGAUUUCACCAUUGACGUCUCCACUUCUUUUGACAUCAUCACAGCCCUCAGGAAGGCAAUGCAAAUAUACAUUGAGAGCAAACCAAAGCAUUGGAGCCCAAAACACUCAUUGGUAGUGAAAGAGAUUGAAAAUGUGGACAAGAUGAAGAUGAGCUUGUGUGUGCAGCACACCAUGAACCUUCAAAACUUCCCUGAAAGAAACAACAGAAGAUCAGACCUCAUUUUGGAACUGAAAAGGGUUUUUGAGAAUCUGGGCAUAAAAUACCAUCUCCUUCCCCAAGAAGUUCUUGUCACUCAGUUCAACUUGACUAAUGGCAGAAUGGCUAUCCCGUCUUCAUGAGAAACGACAUUCAUUUGCUGUACAUUUAUGAUGUAUGUAUCAAUUGCGUUGUGACAGCCACACGUUGAAUAUUUUCUUGUGUUGUCCAGAAAAAUGAGCUAAAUUAGUUCUUUCACCCUACGGGUUGGCUUUCACAAAGGUAUGUGGAAAGUGAGUAUUUGGAGGAUUAGUAUUAUUGUUAUACAUAGAGUUUUGUAGUUUUGACUUCUAAGAAAAAAUUGGAAAUGUGAAUUUUCAACAAGGAGAGUUGCUUCAGGGAGAUAUUCUCCCAAUCCUUUGAUUUUCUUU